AUGCCCGGCGCAUCGCUCUGGAUCAUCCCGCCCAAGGACAGCUCCUUCUCCCAAGCUCUCCAAACCCUCAUCUCGACAACCAUACCCCCUCACUUCCCAGACACAAAGACCCAUGACUUCAUCCCUCAUGUCACCAUAACCUCAAACAUCGAUCAGUCGUUAUUUGGCACUGACCCCCAAGCCUGGCUGUCAAGCUUGCAUCUGCCUUCUGGAGACCAGCACGACCCUGUCUUUGUAACGCUAGAUGUGCUGGAAGCUGGCGAUGCCUUUGUCAAGAAGCUGACCCUGAGAGCCGGCAAGACUGCCCAGCUGUUGCAGCUGGCUUCCGCCUGCCGUGCCGAGGCUGUCGAAGGAGGUGACCAGGGAAAGGCCGAGAAAUGGGCUCAUGAUUAUUAUCUGCCUCAUCUUUCUCUCAUGUAG